AAGGAAACAGCUUAGUGGCAGAACCACACUCAAGCUGCUUUUAUGCUCGGACAGUUUACUGAACAAGUCAGUCGGAAGUAAAAACUGAUGGGGGUUGAACUUCUCCUUCUCAUGUUCCUGCUGCUACAAAGGAAAACUUACGUGAAAGGUUCUUGUACAUUUGUGGGGUCAGUGAAUUGUGAAGACUGUCUGCAGAGGGGACCCCACUGUGCCUGGUGUUCUCAAGAGAAUUUCACAUCAUUGAUACACGCAAGAUGUGAUACUCCAAGUAAACUUCAGGCCAAAGGCUGUAAUAUCAACUUCAUUGAGUUUCCUACAAGCAAGCUAGAAAUUCUCCAAAAUAAGUCUUUAAGUAUAGGAAGUCAGAAAAAUAAUACAGAUGUUACACAAAUCGCACCACAGAAGCUUGCUCUUCGUCUUCGACCAGGUAGCAAGAUAACAUUCACAAUGAGUGUCCGCCGAGUCGAAGACUAUCCAGUUGAUCUUUAUUACUUGAUGGAUCUCUCUGCAUCCAUGAAAAAGGAUCUUGAAGAAAUAAAACAACUGGGAUCCAUGCUUUCUGAGAAAAUGGCAGAUCUCACUAGUAAAUUUCGGCUGGGCUUCGGAUCAUUUGUGGAGAAACCAGUUUCACCAUUUAUCAAGAUAACUCCUGAAGAACUGGCAAACCCUUGCAGGAGUGUCAAUAUUGACUGUUUGCCUUGUUUUGGCUAUAAACACGUUCUACCACUGACCGACAAUACCGAAAGAUUCAACGAGGUUAUAGGAGAACAGCGUGUAUCUGCUAACCUGGAUACGCCAGAAGGAGGCUUUGAUGCAAUCAUGCAAGCUGCUGUUUGCAAAGAAAAAAUUGGCUGGAGAAAUGACUCGAUGCAUUUAUUGUUGUUUGUAAGUGAUGCAGGUUUCCAUUUUGGAAUGGACAGCAAACUGGCUGGAAUUGUCAUUCCAAACGACGGAGAGUGCCACUUGGAUGAAAACAAUGAGUACUCCAAAUCUACUGUGAUGGAGUACCCUUCACUUGGACAACUAAUAGAUAAACUUGUGGAAAACAAUAUUUUAUUAAUUUUUGCUGUAAAGAAGGAAUUACAAUUGUAUCAGGAUUAUGCAAAACUGAUACCUGGAGCCACUGUCGGCCAGCUGCAGCAGAACUCUCAGAAUGUUCUUCAGUUAAUCAUUAGUGCAUAUCAAGAGCUACUGUCUGAGGUCGAGAUGGAAGUAUUAGGUGAUACAGAAGGACUUCAGUUUUCUUUCACUGCAAUUUGCCAUGAUGGUACAGUUGUCCCAGGACAGAAAAAGUGCUCACAUUUACAGAUGGGAGACACGGUCUCAUUCAGUGUGUCUGUAGAAGUUGCCACUUGCUUAAAAAAGGUCCAUCAUAUUGUGAUAAAACCUGUGGGAUUCCAGGACACUUUGGAAAUCUCUGUUGAGGCUGCCUGUGGAUGUAGCUGCCAAAGAGAAGUUGAGCAAAACAGUUCCAGGUGUAACAAGGGAAAUGGCUCUUAUGAAUGUGGAAUUUGUGUCUGUAAUUCAGGCUACACAGGUCUUCAGUGUGAAUGUGAUGAAGACAAAGUAACUGCUAGCGGCUGCAAAAGGACUCCAGACAUGGAAUCAUGUAGUGGACGUGGGAACUGCUAUUGUGGUGUUUGUGUCUGCCACCCCUCCAGCUUUGGGACAAUAUAUGGUCCAUAUUGUGAAUGUGACAACUUCUCCUGCCAAAGGUUUAGAGGACUACUCUGUGCAGGUCACGGAGACUGCGAAUGUGGAGAGUGCCUGUGCCGCAGUGGCUGGACAGGAGAGUACUGUAACUGCAGUACGAGUACAGACACAUGCAUGUCUGAUGAUGGCAUUCUCUGCAGUGGAUUUGGUGAAUGUAGAUGUGGACAGUGCAUCUGCACACAUCCAGGCAUCUCUGGUGAUAAAUGUGAGAGAUGUCCUACCUGUGGUGAUGCUUGCAGUUCGAAAAGGAGCUGUAUUGAAUGUUAUUUAUCCACCAUGGACUGGGCAGCAGAGGAAUGCAAAGAGAAGUGUAAAACAAUUGAUUCGGUCAUCAGCCAUGCAACAGAUUUCCCAGAGGACAAAUCUGUUUCAUGUACCUUGAAGAGUGAAAAUGAAUGUCUAAUUACAUUCCUGCUGACUACAGAUGAAUAUGGAAAGACAGUAGUUUAUAAUCUAGACCAAAAAGAUUGCCCUGAACUUCCAAAUAUUCCAAUGAUUAUUCUUGGAGUUUCUCUGGCUGUUCUCCUUAUUGGCAUUGUUCUUCUGUGCAUCUGGAAGCUGCUGGUAUCUGUUCAUGACCGGAAGGAAGUCGCAAAAUUUGAAGCUGGAAGGUCAAAGGAAAAGUGGCAAACGGGAACAAACCCCUUGUACAGAGGUUCGACCACUACAUUUAAAAAUGUGACUUAUAGGCAUCAAGGGAAACAAAAGGUGGACAUCAUUAUGGGCUCUUACUAGUUUCUGUACUUUGAGCACUAGAAUUUCUGCCCACAACAACAAGAACAUGAAAGCACUACUGAAUGUUUGUCUUUUUGUGUUUGUAAAUUGAAAGCAAAUGUGUAUAUAUAUCCAGACUAUAUGAAAGAGGAACUUUUUUUUUAAUUCAAAAGCACUAAAUGGUUAAUAUAAACAUUUUAGAGAAAGAGAUGGGUAUAAAAUGUAUAUAAAAGUAACAGACAAGUAAUAGAGGUGAUAGUGUGGAGCACAAAUUAACUUGAGACUUCUAAAGCUCCAAUCCUUCAGAGAUUCUGCCUAACAAUAUACUUUCCUUGCCUCUGUAAGACAAAGCAGAUUUUUAUUUGUUUAACUUUUUAUUUUUUUUCUAUUUGGGGGUACAGAUACAAUAUCUGUGUAUUCGUGUUACAUUAUGAAUUAGUGAAAGGAUAUGUUGCAACGGAUAAGGUAUUUUGUGAAUAUCUGAGUAGGUCAUUAAAAGCUUGAAUAGUACAGUGUUUUAAAUAGCAGAUUAGCUAAUCUGUUCUUUUAUGAAGAGAUCAGGAUGUAUUUUUAUAGUCUUUAGUACAAUGUUUUUUUAAUUGUCUAAAACCUAAAUUAUAGAAUGUUUAGAUUCUGUAAUCUGUUCUAUCACACCUCCUUUUGUUUUACCUCUGCUGCACAUUACCACCUGUUCAUUAUUUUUUCAAAGAAAGAAACCAAAACUAAAGUAGCAACUAAAACUUUAACUUGAGCAAUUAUAUCUGACUCAGCAUUACUGGCUAUAAAACAAUCAUUUCUGUAGUAUCUACCAACUACAUUUGGGAUACAUAAAGUUACAGAUGCAUACAUUAGGGCAUUUAUUUUGGUAAUACCUACUGUGUUAUAUAGGAAAUGGUUACAUACAAGUAAUUUGUCCCUGCAGGGAAACAACCACCAAAUAACGCUUCUGUUCCCACUUCCAGUACCUCACAGCUUAUUUCUACCUUCUACUAGAGAGCAUUAUGACUCAAAGAAUCACCUAAUAGUCAUUGCAAUUCUCUUUAAUGCUUAUGAUAAAGUUCAAACUUGUCAAUUCUCAUUUUUACUAGUCUUCUCAUAUUAAUGUCUAGCAGUAACCACUAUUAUUAUUUUCUGCCAGAUAUAUAUCUGUCUCACUAUUCAAGAUAUGUUUUCUGUUCUACCUACUUUUAUCAGACAGUUUUAAAAAUGAAUGACCCUUACUUUUAGGCUAUGGCUACUGAAGCUCAGCUAUAUUAUUCAAUGUGCAUUUGUUCUUGCACUUGAGAAAUAAUUGCAGGUUAUUAGUAGAUAUGUAUUCCAGAAGGAGUGGAAAUGAAUAACAGUGGUCUUGUAUGCUUAUUUAACCACUGUAACAGUUAAGGCAGAGAAAACGAUGUCCUAUGUAAGUUAAUCAGUAACAAGGGAAAUAGUAAAGGAGACAAGGUUAUCUGUGCAUGGGAUAUUAAAGUAUGAAAAGCAAACUGUGCCAUGGUUUAAGAAUAAUCUCCAUUUUUCUCGCUCAGGUGUUGGUAAGGAUAAGUAAAAACAAGUUUUAGAAGUGUGGUAGCCACUGUGCCCAGGAAUAUAAAAGUGUUCUCGCAUUACAGAAAGUGGUUCAUCUACACAAGGUGAUGUAUAAUCUGCCAUCUUGUAUGAGCAUGUCAAAACUAAUAUCUGGGGAUGGAACUGCUUGGACUGGAGCUUCUCUCUCAUUCUAACGCACUUAUACUUCAGAAUAGGAAACAAAAAUGUAUAUAGUAACACAAGCAUGUUGACUGCACCAUACUCUCUGUAGCAUACUUAUUUUGUAUUACUGAAUGUCUGCAUUAUUUAUUGCAUUUGAAUUGCAUUUGUAGUGUGCUCAUGCACCUGGGUAAUGGCUUGAAAGGGUCCUUAGACCAUCUCACCUACCUGGUCAACAAAGUCUAAAUACAUUUAAAAAAAAUGGGAGGGAAUGCAUCCGUCCAAUUAAUGAUCCUGCCUCUAUACUUCCUUGGUUCUUAGUAAUAAUACUCAUAUCCCUCUCCUGUCCCUCAUACUGAUCAAAGCCCUUGAACAAAGAGAAGAACAACAGCAACUAAGGAAGAUCACCGACAAUGAAAAAAGAUAAGAGACAAAUGUCCAAUUCAGAAUGAAGUUUUCUUUGGCUGGUAUCGGUAACAAAUAAAAUUAAAAUCUGAUUACAAAAAUAUUUAGGUUGACAAUAUCUGUGCUAUUUGCAGCAUGAUAACUGAGUAAUUUCUGCUUUAUAAAACAGAUUAUAAAAUAUAUUUGAGGGGUAAUCAGAAAAAAAAUUUUAUCAUUGAUUUAUCAGUGUUCUUUAUGCAGUACUGGCCUUUUCACUUAAACAUUCCAAAUUUGUGAUUGAUAUUGUUUUUUUUGUUUCACAACCUAGAUCAUUGCUAAUGUUCAAUAUAUUACGUGCUACACAACUCAAUGAUUACAUCAUCAAUAAAUGCUAAAAGUAAAUAUCUGAUUAACUAAACUGUUCUGUUAAUGUUAAUGUGAAUUACUCCACAAACCUCUGUAAGAAAGUCUUUCAGAUGCAUUAGAUGAACCAAUGCUGGACACUUUUAAAAUGCAGAGUUGUACUUUUAAGGCUGGACCUUAAAUCAUUUGUUAAAAUAAACACAAAAACUAGAA